GGCGGCGGCGGAGGCGGCGGCGGCGGCGGUGGCGGCCAGGCGGGCGCCGUGGACGAAGACACCUUCCAGCGCGCCUUCGCCGAAGUGGUGCCGGCGUCCGUCUUCUCCGUGCGGGAGCUCGAGGAGCAGCUGGCGGCGGUCCGCGACACCGUCGGCGACCCGGCCAAGGACUGGAGCAAGCGCGUCGACGCGAUGCGGCGUCUGCGCGCGCUGGUGGCAGCGGCGUGCGCGGCGGGCGGGUCGCUUGAGGAGCAGCUGCCCACGCAGCUGCGGUCGCUGGAGGCGCCGCUGUGCACGGCGGCGCGCGACCUGCGCUCGCAGGUGGUGCGCGAGGCGUGUCUCACGGUGGCGUACGUGUCGGAGCGGCUGCGCGCGCGCGCCGAUCGCUUCGCCGAGGCCCUGCUGCCGCACCUGCUCCAGCUCAUCCAGAACUCCGCCAAGGUGAUGGCGUCUGCGGGCAACGUGUCGGCGCGCUUCCUGCUGCGCAAUACGCCCGCGCCGCGCCUAGUGCCGCCGCUGUGCCGCGAGCUGGCGUCGUCAAAGUCGCGCGACAUCCGGCGCUCGAGCGCCACGCCGCGCUGCUGCAGGACGCCGUGCGCCGGGGCAUCGCCGACGCCGACCCCGAGGCGCGCCUCUCCGCUCGCAAGGCUUACUGGGCAUAUCGCUCCCAUUUCCCUGAGUUGGCUGAGCAACUGCUCAACUCCCUGGAUGCAUCAUACCGCCGAGCAUUAAAUGGAGAGCACACAUUGUCAAACUCAAGCUCCUCCAAUUCUUUGCAUCAUCAAGCAGGCAGCGGACGUUGUGGUGGUGCUGUUCCUCGUCUACGCAUGUCAGGUUCUGCCCAGGACGGAUCUUCUGGCUCAGCACGCCGUGGAGCUGGUGGGAGUGCUGGCGUGGGUGUGCGCUCUAGCAGCGCAAUAGACCUCCAAGCUGCUCAGAGAGCCAAGGCACGCGCACAGUAUGCUGCUCUUGCCCGUCACAAAGUUGGUUCCGGAGCAUCCUUGCCGCGGCCGCGCAAGUCGUCGGACGCCGGCAUCGGCAGCCUCACCACCAGCGCCGCCACGUCCCCCGAGCGCGUGGGCCGCACGCGCAGCCGCGUCGCCGGCGUCUCGCAGUCGCAGCCGAGCAGCCGGUCUGGGUCGCCGUCUUCUCGCCUGAGCUACGCGACGUACUCGGCGCGCAUGGAGGCCGCGCGCGGGGGCGGCGGGAGCGGCGACGCGACGGACAGCGGCCGGCCGCGCCGCCUCACGGGCAUCCCGCGCUCCACCGGCGCGUCGCGGGAGGCCUCGCGAGAGACGUCGCCCAGCCGCUUCGGGCCCGCGCCCUUCGGUAGCAAGCUCAGUUGCAGAGGUCGUUCAUUAGCUGGCCUAGAGCGACCUUCUGUUCGUCCUGUAAUGGCACAGAAGAUAUUGCAGCAAAGCCGUGAGGCAGAAUCUGCUAUUGCAGAUGCGUUGACUUGUGAUUCUCUAGAAAGUGGCGAUUAUGCACGUGGGGGUCAUACUCGAAAACGACUAUUUGAUGAUCAUUCAGAUGACAGUGAAACAUCCAGUGUCUGCUCAGAAAGGUCAUUUGAUUCCUACAGGAGACCAUCAGACUUUCAACUCAAAUUGGAUAUAUCUGAAAUCAUUGCAAAUUGUGCAAGCACUCAUUGGGGUGAUCGCAAAGAAGGUCUGGUUGGUCUUCUGGUGUUUUUACAAACUGGCCAACUUUUGAGGCCUAAUGAAUUGCAACUGGUCACAGAAAUAUUUACCAAGAUGUUUAUGGAUUCUCACACAAAGGUAUUUAGUCUGUUUUUGGAUACUUUGUGGGAAUUGCUUCAAGCUCACCGUGCAGACCUCAAUGACUGGUUAUACGUGUUGCUUACAAGACUUCUCAAUAAACUUGGGACAGACCUUCUUAACUCCAUCCACACAAAAAUCCAACGCUUGCUUGCCCACGUUAGAGAAGCAUUUCCUCCAGAUUUGCAACUGGCUUGUGUGCUUCGCUUCCUUACUGAUGCCACUCAGACACCUAAUGCUCGCGUACGCACAGCAACUCUCACUCAUCUUACUGCCUUGUGUGCUGCGUGUGGUGAUCCUGCGGCAAUGCCCACUCGACCACCAGCUCCAGCUGCUCUGGCAAAAAUAGUGUCCCUUGCAGCCGAUAGCAAGCAGCCAGGAGAGGUGCGCCGAGCAGCCAGAGGAGCCUUGGUGGCAAUGUUUGAUUUGGCUGCCCCGCAAGUUGCAAUGAUGCUUGCAGAGCUUCCUCAGGAAUUUCAAGAAAUUGCAUCACCGUUACUGCAAUCGCACCUUCGGCGUAGUUCAGGUGGUGGAGGUGGGGGCACAGGAGGGUCCCCACCAUCUCCUGGUAGGGCCUCUCCUUCUGGAGCUCUGAGUUCCCCAGGCACGCCUCAGACUCCACGGCAGACUGCACUGGCAUCACGAGCCAUUGGUGCUGAAGAGGAAGAUCUCAACCCUGAAGAAGUAUACAGGUCUCUGCGAAGAACAACCGCUGAAAUUCAGAGUUACCCUUUUGGUGAUGCAGCUCCAGGAACAGGUAAUAUGGGUAAUGCACCAACUGCACUUGGUGGAAAACUGCCAGAUCGAGACCGGGAUACGACAUCACAAGACUCUGGCAUCAGUCAAAUGUCAGCUGGGGCAGGUGACAAGCUUGAUGCUCUGGAAGAGCAUUUUGAAGCUCUAAGUCUGACAAGAAAUAAUUCGAUUUUAGAAAAUUUUGUGGCAGAGUGUACAUUUGCUGAGUCUGUAGACUCAAAUCCCACCUUGGUCAUGGAUCAUUACUUUCAUGUUCUGGCAUGGUGGGACCUAUCCGAACCACAAUUUAUCACCAUCAAUAUUCAUUUUCUUCUCAAACCUCCCCCUGCCUGGAUGGGGCGUUCUUCAUCUUUAUCAUCACCAACACAUCGCCUCAACUCACUCAAAGAUUAUAAUGGUAUCGAUGCUGACUCUUCUCUUGGCCAUACAGAAAAUGGAUUUCUUUCAAGAGAGUCGCAAGAAGAUAGUGAGGCCCUAAGGAAAGCGUUGGAAAUUGUGCGGCCUCAAGACUCGCCCAAUGGAACAGAGGUGCCUUUAACUGCAAGCACGGCACGUCGGGAUGCAUUUUAUACUCUUCAGACACUAGCUAAAGAAGCAAAUGCUGCUGCUCUAACAGAGCACUUCAAAGUUUUACUGCGAGUACUCCUGGAGUUGCUGGGUCGUCCAGAUGAACCCCAACGUGGUGCUGUAUUGGGUGUUCUCUCAGAAUUGUUGCUGCGCCGGGAAGUAGCUCCAGGAUUCAAUAAAUAUGUUGAGCUCUUGGUGCUGAAAGUAUUGGAAGCAUACAAAGAGUACAGCAAGGAUGUGCCUCGAAUGGCUGAAUUAUGCAGUGCAUCAGUGGGAGCCGUUUUACCUCCAGACACUGUUAUCAGAGUGCUAAACCCUCUCAUUACAACUGGAGAUUUUCCUGUAAACUUGGGUGCAAUCAAAAUGUUGAUGAAAGCGUAUAACAACGAAGAGAGCUCUGUGCGAAAAUCAGCUGUGUUCUGCAUGGUGGCACUUCACAAUGCGCUAGGGGAAGCAGCCCUGCAGCCCCAUUUGGCUGCCUUAUCAGGUUCAAAGUUGAAAUUGUUGAACUUGUACAUUCGUCGUGCACAAUCUGGCAGUGGUAGUGGUGGAGGAGGGGGUGGAGGCAGUGGGAGCAGUGGCAACGCUUCUGCACCAACUUCUCCCAAAAAUAACCAGGCUCCCUAAGAAUGGGCAUUUGAGGUUUGCCUGUGUGCUGUUGCAAAUAAGGUUUUGAGAAGUAUCCCUCAGGCAAUGGUCACUGCCACAAUAUGGAACAAGAGGUGCCUAUUUGCUACUUGUUGCCUGACAAAUACCAUUGUCUUAUGAUAUUGAGGUACAUCACUCUCAAUUCUAAGAAGACGAAGCAGAAGCAGCAGCACCAGAAGCUCAUUAGAGCCAAUUUGAAUGCCAGCACCUUCAGUCUUAAGUAUUUGAUUGACAAUGUUUGUAUAUUUGCAAAAAUGCAAGUAUUCUCUUUGUAAGAUACAUGUGAAAGUGUUUCUUUCCUAUUUUAUUCCUCUUUAAUUUGAAGAAUGAAAUUCUGUUACAUUAAUUGUGUUAGGUUUCUAGUUUUGUUGAAAAAUGAGGAGUAGAAGAAAGUGUGUGAAAUUUUUGUGGAUUGAAAGGUGCAAGAACUCGCAGUAUCUGUGUAGUCUGUACAGCUUCUUUGUAAAAUGAUAAACUUGAGGAAUUUCCUCCAAGACUGAAAGUCAUAAGACUUAUGCUUUUAUCAUUAAAGUGAUCACGUAUUGUAGUUAUCAGAAAUGUGAGUUUUCAACUUUGAAACAAUACAUGCUUUUUGGAAAAUUGUGUCGAUGGAUGCGGAUAAUAGUGUUUUUAGGAGUCAGAUCGGAGACGAGUGCUGUGUUAAUACUAAUACGUUUCUGUAAUUAAUCUUUUGAGGUGCUAGUCACAUAAUCUUUUUAUUGGUUGCAUCCUGAAAAGUGAGAGAGAAUUUUGUUGUACAAAAAAAUAUUAAAUUAUCAAUGAGGAGAUCCUUUUAACUUCAAACAAUACAGUGAUUGAACCCCCAGUAUUCAUGGUGAUUCAUUUAAUUUAUUCAUGUUCAGCAUGAAUUAAUAUAUUUCUCUUUCUAUAACUGUGUAAGUCAUUGCAAUAAAUGCUAAUUCGUUUAAUGUCAAACAAAUUUUUUGAUUUCUUUCAAUUUCAAGAUUGUUGGUUUUGUUUUGUUUUUACAUUAAAGUUUCUGUGAAAACAAGUAUCUUGAUUAACUUUGAAAUAUAAAUUCUGAAAUAGAUUUUAAGAGUACAAUUGCAUAUGAUGGAGCAGCAAUACUGGACUGUCUAGUUACAAACAAGGAUCAUUUUCUUUUUGUGUCAAAGAAAAAUGUACAAAAUUAACUUGUGAUGAGUAUCAAUGAUCCAGAAACUGAUUUCAAAUCAUUGAAAUGUAAAUGAAAAUGGCAUUUAAUUUAGAAAAUAUUUCGGUAUAUUAAUAGAUAUGUAAAAAUGUUGUUACUGAUUUACACACACUUCAGUACAAUAAGUAAUAAUGAUGAAAUUCCAUGAAGGUUUUUUGAAAGAUGUAUUAGGUUGUAGAGUACUUGGAAACUGAGAAAAGGAAAAAGUGAGCUUUUCUCAGCCUUUCUCUUCAUACAUCGCUUUUCCAUUUUCUGUUUUUCUCUUACUUUUUACCUGGGAAUAUUUUGGACUAUUUCCUGCAACCUUGUUCCAUAUUUUUCUUGCAAUUUUUCCUCCUCUUCAAACUCUGUCCAUCUCUACAGUUCCUCUCUCACAGUCUAAUACUUCUUGAAUUUCCUCUUUACGAAUUGAAUUACAAAUUUUGUUUUGCUUACUCACUCCCUCACAUGCUCUGUCACACCAUUAUUCUUGCUAAACCAAAAUCCCAGAUAGUCAUAAUUUCUCACUUCUAUAAUUUUAUUUCCAGUUUCUAUUAAUUUUCUUCCUCUCUUCCUUCUACCCUCUUCCUCCUCCACCUCUACUAAACACCAUUAUUUUUGUCUUCUCAACAUUCACUUCCAAAUUUUUAGUUCUCAUGAAACUCUCACCAUUCUCUUUCAUUGAUCACUCUCAACCCUUGCCAACAAUACAAUAUCUUCUGCCUAACGCAACUUCCAUAUUUUCCUUCCUAUCUCAUUUUCUAUUCUAGGCUUUCUCAGUUGUAUUUCUACCCAUUAACAUUGCUUCAAAAAAUACUACAAUUAAUUUUGUUCUUUGAAAUUGUUUGCAUUAAUUUUAAGUAUUUUAAUUAUAGAAAAACAUUGUGUGUUAAUCAAUUUUUGUGUCUUGUUUCUUUAAAUUUGCUUUUUGGAAUCUCAAUGUUAUUUUUCAUAAUUUUUAUGACGACUUCAGGGAGCAAUUCUUAUUUGUGACAAUAUCCAUGAUAGCUACCAGAGUUGUAGAGGUAUUAAUUAAAUAAAGUAAGCACUUGGUUUUGCAAGAAAUCUCUAUUACCACAAAUAUUUAUGAAGCAUUGUUCUUUACUUUUAACUCCUCUUUGUGGGAGGAAAAUUAAUGUCAAAAUCCUGUGCGAAUUAUAACAGCAACUUGUUAGUUUCAAGAGCAAUGUGGGUAUGUUUUAUGAUUGUACAACAAAUUAUUAUUAAAAAUGUAAUUGUACAUUUAGUAAAUAUUCACUGCAUUAAUUUCACUGAAUCUAUGCAUUAAAUAUGCAAAAUCCAAAUUACACAAAGCAAUAUGCAAUAUAGCAGUUACAAUCAAUUCUUGUUAGCCACUUCCUAUUUAAUUCUCUGGUUAUAAUUAUGUUUUUAUUUGUUUCAUAAAUUGUAUUUGAACUUCACAGGAUAAGUUUUAUUCUUUGUCAGAAAGGAAGCUACUGGAAUGAAUAGAAAUAUUAAAUAACAUUGAUUGACUUUAUCCUUCACUAAUUUGUUGUAAAUGUGCUUGCUUAUUAAUGUUUCUUAAGUCCUGUUUGUUUUUUGUUUUUCAAAAAUAAAUUUUUAUCUUUUGAAUAGUAUUUGAUACUCACUAUUGAUGAAAUAUUUACUUGAUUUCAACGUUCUAGUUACCAUUAUUGCAGUCAUUAGUUCUUAAGAAUAAUUGGCAGCUUUCAGUUACUUUGAGAAAAGAUUCUUUAAUUUCGAGUGAGAUAAGUCUUUGGAAAUGGCAACCUAAAAUAAUUUAAGCAAAACAAAUUAAAACUAGAUAUGGAACAUUGUACUAAUUAUUUAUUUAACUUUUACAGAAUAAUAAUUAUUAAAUUUUUUAAAGAUUUAUAAUCUGCUGUUAUUUAUAAUAAUUUUUACAGCUAGGAAUUUGCUGUAUUAAGGAACUAUUUCAUUAUUUCAUUGAAAACGUUAUAUUCAUUGAUGUAAUGAAUAUAAAAUCCAGCAAAUUCUUAUUUCUUAGUCUAAGUAUCUUCAAAUACAGUUCCUUGUCUGUUUGAAUGAUUAAAAACUGGGGGGGAAGCUUUAUUGUAUUUGAUUACUAGAACUUUUUCAAAUUUAUGGGUGUUAUAGAAAAUGUUAAAUAUAUUAUUAUUAUUAUUAUUAUUAUUAUUAGAAAGGAAGUAAUAUAUUUUGAAGCCACUAUAACGUGUUACAAGAUUUUUCUUUACGUUCACAUUUCAUUUCGAUGGGCAGGCAUUGAACAUCAGAAAAUUUUCUGCAGCAUGAAAUGUUUUAAAUUGUAUUUAUCAUUAAGGUUAGAUAAUUUCUGUAAGAGCAAAAUAAUGUAAUUUUUUACUAAAUUUGCAAAUGCUUUGCUUGAUGUAAAAUAUGAAUUAUAAGUGUUCUGGAUCCUCGACUUUUCAUCAAUGUAGCAGAAUUUAUUAUGAAAACAUUCGAGUAGACAUGUUGGCAUUCUUACUUGUAGACUUGAUUAAUCUGGCAGAAUUGGCUUACAUGUUACUUGUAGUUGGGCUAUGUUCCUUGUUGUGUUCUUUCAUUCACAUAAUAUUAAGGGAUAAAGCUUCCGUUUACUAACUUGUAUUGUUGCUCUGUUGUAUUGAAUUUCUGUAGUUGUCAAGGUUUUGAGUUUUGUGCUAAGUGAAGACAAUGUUGGCAUUUGUACACAGAGACCUAGUGAAUUAGAAUGAAAUUAUAAGUUCUAAUUAUAUUGUAUUAAAAGGUACUUCUAGGUACUUUGCCAUAAUACAGAAAAAUUAAAAUGCUAUUUUCUGCAUAAUGUUUGUUUGUGAAAUAAGAUAGUACUAUAUGCUUUGAAAGGAUUACUUGUAUAAUGAACAAUGUGCAUGUAUGGAGACUGGGGCAAGAAUGUGAAAAAGAUCGUCUGUAUGUGGUGCAUGCGUAUGAGAGUAUGGUUUGACUUUUGGAAGGAGAAGUUGAUUCCAACUUGUCUUAAAAUUAAUUGCUCUGUUGAUGCCACAUUCCAAAUGGCUUUACACAGUUCUCAUUACUAUAUAGUAUUUCUUAAUAUUAGCCUGCUUCUUAUGUGUACAUUGGACUUGAGAGCUAGUCGUAGUUGAAUGCUGAUAAAAAUUAAUGAGGAAAAGUGAUAUAAUUUCAGGAUGUAACCAAAACAUAAGUAUGUACAUACAUAGAAGAGCACAGCUUUCAACCAAAUUCUGAUGAGUUUGGAAAAAUUGAUAAGAUGGUAGUAUUUUAAAACAUUGCAUUGCAAGAUGUACUAUUAUAAAUGUGAGACUUUCCAAGAAACCUAAUGUUCAAUUAUGGCCAUUUUUGUGCCAUUUAACUUGUGAUGCAUAUUACAUAUAAUUCCCUCUAACUUGUUUCUGAAGAGAAUAAUUAUGAAUUUAUUUGAGGUAUUAAUUGUGUAGGAGAGAUUGCCAGGUGGUGCUGAGUGAUGAUCGUGAUGUCAGGGAAACAAUUUCUCCCUCAUUGUCACACUCAAUCACCAUCACCAUUACCAGUUCCUUGUCACUUCAUAACUUUUUUUUUGCCUCCUUAGCAUUUCCAGAAAAAAUACAUAUCUUUUGUUCUUGCAAAGUAAAGUAUAUGCUCACAAAAUACUGAGUGCAAUCAUUCUAAAUAUUUGACUGAUGUAAAAUCAGACAUCAAUAAUUAUUUGGGAAAAAGUGAAGUAAUGAUGCAAUGCUUAUUUUUACCCGUGUAAAAAAAUUACAGUAAUGUAAAUUCUGAAUUUUGAACCUUGACACUUAGAUAAUUUAUUUUUUCCCCUCCUCUACCUUCCUCCAAUAGAUAAUUUGUGAUUUUUUUUCAUUUAGAGCUUCCAGCUAAGUUUGAGUUACAUUAAUUAACUUUCUUAACUUGUUUCAAAACCCUAUUUCAUCUUGUAUGAAAGUAUUUCCUUGCUCUUACUAUCAGAAAUAUGUUUGAGUUUAAAUUUCUACCUGUUCACCCAAGUUUUUUUUUUUUUUUUAUUUCUUUGCUUGAAGGUUUUAGUCUCAAUAUGUUGAUUCUUGUAUAAAACUUUAACUCCUGCUGCAUCAUCAUUUUCACACUUUUAGGUGCAACAACUUUGUGGUAAAUUUCCCACUGUAAUGUUGAGACUUUCAAUAAUUAUCACUUCCUUUGUCCUUCCAUAAUAUCAGCAAAGUAUUUAGGAAGCAUUUCUAUCUUCGUGUUUUAAGUUAGCAUCAUUGAAUAAUUUCCCUAAUAUCACUAGUGGUUGUUCAAACAUAUCUAUAUACCGUUUGUAAGUGCUUAUACAUUUUUUCCAUACCUUUCUAACCAAUAUAUACUGCAAUUUUUGCCUGCUGUAUUUUGGAUCUUCGCACAUGAUAAAAGUUGUUCAUUCUUCUUUCCCUCUAAAUGUUUUGUUCUCAGAAUACUGCAAUGUGUCUUUCAAGUUUUAUACGUAAGCUUCCGCGGCUCGAAUCCAUGAAUUCUCGGCUAUCCG